AAGGCGAAUUUUGAGUGUCUACGUUAGCAAAAAAACAGUGCAAGGUUAUUUCCUAUAAACCAAAAAAAGUUCGCUUCACAGGAAACGAAAAUGAAACUGACAACAAACAACCGGAGAGGACGAGGGUAGUUUCCAUUCGCUUGUGGAAGAUGGCUGCAGACGGUGGUUACCACUAUCCUCUCAUAGUCGAGGGCAAAUGGGAUUUGGACGACGCUACCUUUUUCAGAAAUAAACUGCAGAUUUAUUUCCAAAGCAAGAAGAAAUCUAACGGCGGAGAAUGUAUCGUGGAAUAUGACGAUCCUGUCUCAAACCAAGCCGUGGUACGCUUCGUCAGUGACGAAAUAAGGUCCCUUGUAUUGGAGAAGAAAACUCACCAGAUUGAUCUGCAAAAGAAAGGGAUUAUUAAUCUUACUGUCAGACUUCCAUCUGAGACAGCUGUGGGCAAGGAUGAGGCAGGAGCAACACAAACUCCAGAUCAAAAUAUUGUGGCUUGCAGAGGAAACCAACCCACUCCAGGAAAAGAAAAACUGGCUGAGCAAUGUCUUCAGGAUGAAAAGAGAGCAAUUAGUGGAAUAUUGUCCAGUGACAAUGUAAGCGAUAACAGUCUCCGAAAAUACUUUGAAAAUUUCAUUACUGGUGGUGGAUCCCUCACAUUCUUUAGCCGAGAGGGCAGAAAUAUAACAGUGUCCUUUGAAAAUGUUGAAGAUACUCAAGCAGUGUUGAGACAAAGGGUCCAUCUUGUGGAGAAUAUUCCGUUAACGGUGAAGAGUUUUCAUCCUAAAAGGAGUAAUACUUCUUCACAAUCCUCGGCUGUCCUGCUACAUGACCUUCCUAAAGAUGUUACGUGUGAACUUUUAUCUCUGUUUGUUGAAAAAUUGACUAAUUUGGAAGAAGCACAUGGGGAAUUCAGUUUGGAAAUAAUAACCGAUAUUGACGCAGCUGUCAUCACCUUCAAAACUGACAUUGAUCUCUCUGAAUUUAUUCAAAAAUGUUCCAACAAGUUUCUGAAGCAGCGAAAAAUUGGAGCGAAGAUGCUGGAAAAAACUAGGAGUUUACGAGUGGAGAACCUGCCUUCUACCAUCACUGAAGAUCUUCUAAAACUAUACUUUGAAAGUGCUAAAAAUGGAAAUGGAAUUGUAAACUCUGUAGUAAUGACACUGGAGCAUAAUGCAGCUGUGAUCUCUUUUGAAGAUUCUGGAGUUCUGGAUGUCAUUCUGUCUAAAGAACACAAUAUUUCUAAAAUCCCAAUUUAUGUCUAUCCUUAUUAUGAAUCAAUUGGAUCAGCUUUAUAUGGGAACAAAAGACCAGUGGUGAAAAUGCCUGAUCCCUUUGUGUUUGAAAUUGAUUCCUACAUUCUACAGUUUCUUAAACAAGAUGAAAAGCGAAUUGCAGAAAUCAUGGACAGAAUGUCCUCGUGCCACUGUAAUAUUGCAUUCCCAGAAUCAGGCCAAUCAAACUUGGUCAAUAUUUCCCCAGCACUUUCCAAACAUAUGAGUUCAUUUGAGAAUCUUGCAAAGAACUGGAAAAAGGAGGCUUCAGAUAAUUUAGUUUCUAUUCUGUCAAAGUACACGACUAAUAUAAACGACACAAAUAAAUCAGUUUGGGAAAUAAUUCAGAAUGAUUUGGGUCAAUAUUUGAACCAAAAUGUUGUUGUUAUUCCAGACACUUCAAAGGGAAAAGUAAUCAUCACUGGCGUGGCUGAGAGUGUGGACAUUCUGCAACAAACAUUCGAAUCAAUUGUGAAUGAUGCCAUUAAAAAAUUAGAAAGGGAAAAACAAAGUAUAUCUGAGGUAGUGGCAAUUCCUCCAGCUAAAUAUGAUUUAUUAUUAAACAAUGGUCUUGAAAGCUGUUUUACCAAACAAUUUCCAAAUCUUAACAUGAAGUACAGCCCAAAUGCAUGCCAUUUAAUAUUACAUGGUUUAUCUUCGGAUGUUUAUUGUGCCAAAAGCAAGAUAUUAGAAGAAGUCAUUGAGAUGAAGGAAAAACAGAUUAAUCUGGACCCUUGUCUUGUUGACUUUCUACGAAAAGUACACUGUCAAGAAGUUUCCUCCCACCUUUUUACAUCAAAUGGAAUCAAUGCUGCAUUUGACAUUCAGGGCAACUCUGUUGUGUUGACUGGCAGUGAAGACACUUUGUGUGAAGCAGAAAAGCAAGUCAAAAGACAUUUCACUUUCAGAUGUAUUGAGAUACAAGACAUAAGUGUCAUUAGAAUGAAUGAAUGGACAGAUAUAAAGGGAAAAUUAGAUAAAUCAUUGAAUUCCCAAAGUAAAAGGGUGGAAAUUGAAGAGAAAACCCUCGACAGGCAUGCGCAGAUUAUUAUCUCUGGCUACUCAGAUGCUGUCUGCAAAGCUUUUGAAAAGCUCAGUGAAUUUGUCAAAAAGAACACAAUCAUUCAAAAAAGCAUUCCUUUUAAAUCUCGUGGAGUGCUGCACUUUUUGAUGGCCUCUGAGAAUAUUAAUGUUCCAGGUGUUCAAAUAGAAGUGUAUGACAAGGAAAAUCAUGCAAGCGUUUCUGUCGUUGGUCCUGAAGAGAAUGUCUGUCAGGCAGAGCAUAUACUUUCGAAUCAAGCUUCCAAAAUAGUCAGUAAGAUGUUCAAAAUGAACAGACCAGGAAUAAAGCAGUCUUACAAAGAAAAUGAAGAAUAUCUUGUUUCCAUAGCAAAGAGAAAGUUUCAUUGUAUUGUAAGACUUAUUGAGCACAUGGAAGGUGACUUGAGCCCGACUUCCUGUAAAGUACAGAUGCCUAAUGGACCUGUCAUUACUGUUUAUAAGGGAGACCUGUGUGAGAGUCAUGUUGAUGCCGUUGUUAAUGCCUCAAAUGAAGAUCUGAAGCAUAUUGGAGGUCUUGCAAAAGCUCUAUCAGAUGCCGCUGGAACAGUGUUGCAAGAAGAGUGUGAUUGGAUUAUUAAACGUCGAGGACCUCUUCUGCCUGGUGAGGCCGUUCUUACUGAAUCUGGCAAACUACCGUGUUCCGCAGUGAUUCAUGCAGUUGGUCCAAGGUGGUCAGAUACCGAUCCAAACACAGCUAAAAAGAGAUUAAGAAGUGCCGUGAAGGAGAGUCUACGUCUAGCAGAAGCUUAUAACUUUAAAUCUAUAGCAAUCCCUGCUAUUAGUUCUGGAAUAUUUGGAUUUCCACUGGAUUUAUGUGCUGAAAUAAUUACCAUGACAGUCAGGGAACACUGUGCAAACUUACAAGGAGGGAGUACACUCAGUGAGAUCCACUUGGUAAAUAAUGAUGCUCAGUCUGUCCGUGCUGUUUCCCAUGCUGUUCAGAAAAUAUUUGGUGACCUGAUAAGUAGUUCACCUUCACAGCAGGUCAGGAUUGCUUCAGGCAACAUGAGAAACAGAAGUAUUAAAUGUCUCCAUGAAGCCCAAACUAAAGAAGGUCUAAACAUCCUUGUCGUCAAAGGAAAUAUUCAAGAUAUGAAAGCUGGUGUCAUUGUCAACGUCAUUGGAAUGGAUCUGGACCUUACUUCAGGUGCAGUUUCCAAAGCAAUAUUAGAGAAAGCCGGCCCAAGCCUCAAACGAUUACUGUGGGAAGAACAGAAGAGAAAACAACCUUUCAUGGGAAUGGUAUAUGAAACUCAAGGAUGUAAUCUGGACUGUAAUGAAGUGUAUCAUGCUGUUGUUCCUAGUUGGGAACAAAGUAGGAAUGCAGAUAAGGUCUUGAAAGGCAUAAUCAGAGAUUGCCUGAAGAACACUGAAGGAUCGCAGCAGGAUUCCAUCGCAUUCCCGGCAAUUGGUAGUGGCAAGCUAUCUUACCCAAAGGAUGUUGUUGCAAACGUUAUGUUUAAAACAGUUCUGAAGUUCAGCUCUGAGAGACGGUCAGCUCAUCUUAAGAAAGUUUACUUGGUGGUACAUCCUGAUGAUCAUCUUGUUGUUCAGGCAAUGUCUCAGGAAUUCCAAAAGGUUUUUACAAAGCAGCCAAAAACUGCGGUUCCUAUUGAUCAGCCGAAAUCCACGGGUCUUUUCAUUGGAAACCUAUCUGAGACUGCACCCGGUCAGGCUGAAAUGCUCGUAGGACCAAUUUUACUACAGGUGGUACCAGGAGAUAUUACAAAGGAGAGCACAGAUGUCAUUGUCAACUCAUCAAAUACCAGGUUUACACUAAAAGCAGGUGUCUCCAAGGCUAUUUUAGAUGCUGCUGGUCCAACUGUGGAAGCUGAGUGCCAUCAGAAAGGCUCACAGGCAAACAGUGCAACAAUAAUAACAAGUCCAGGAAAACUGCGGUGUCAAGCUAUAAUUCAUAUGGUUGGACAUACAGAUCCAACUAAAAUCAAAGCCAUAGUUGAUGAAGUUCUGCAGCUAUGUGAACAACAGAAAUUCUCAUCAGUUGCUUUCCCUGCCGUUGGUACAGGACAAGGAAAUGCCAACCCCUCCCAAGUUGCUGAUGCAAUGAUUGAUUCAGUUGUGGAAUUUAUAAAGAAGAAACCUUCGGCUUCUUUGCGGAACAUUCGCAUCGUAAUUUUUCAACCUCAAAUGUUAAGUGAAUUUCACAACAGGAUGAAAAUGCGUGAAGGAUCUAAUAUUCCAGUUAAUGAAUCUUUCUUUAAAAAAAUAUCAAAUGCAUUUACGUCAGUGUUUUGGGGGGAACAGAAGAAAGAAAAUGCAGCCUCCUUCAUUGAAGAAAAUAUUGAAUUCAAAGAUGGGAUAGAGACAGCUCAUUUUGAGAUCUGUGGAAACAAUGAGCAAACUAUUGAAAGUACUAUAUCCUUCAUAAAAAGUACGGUUUCAAAAGAUCAGAGUGAAGAAGUUAUUAUCAAUGAUUUCUUAUUUAAAUUCUCUGAAAAUGAACAUGAAGAAUUACAUCGUCUUCAGAGAAGUCUUCAAAUCUCUUUGGAACUACAACGCAACCAAUCUGGAGCUCAGAUAAAAAUCUGUGGUAUCACAAAGGAUGUUCUGAAUGCCUUUUCAAAAAUUCAUGUGAUGAUUGAGAACGUCAGAAAAAAUGAAUUUGAAAAAAGAGAUGAGGAACUUGUCAAAAAUUUGGUUGAAUGGCAAUUUCAAGUUGAUUCAAGUCAAUUCACAGCAUUUGACAGUGCUACAAACCUGAAACUGGAAAAGGCAUUCACUGAACAAAAGGCUGAAGUUACUUUUACAUUUCGCAACCAGCUAUGUGUUGUAGCUAUGAAGAAGUGUACUGCAAGGGUCAAUGGACGUGAGAUGAAUUUGAAAAGGAUUUCGAAAGUUGAAGGAACGCUAACUGAUAGCCUACCAGCACAUUGGAGUGACAUGCAAAAUUUACAAAGUAGAUCUGUGGAGCUCCAACAGAAUUCCAGCGAAUAUCAGGAUGUAGCACAAUCGUUCAAAGCAACUGUUGCACAGCUUCAGAUUGUAAAGAUUGAAAGACUUCAAAACCCAUGUCUUUGGAAGAAUUAUAUGAUUAAAAAACAACAGUUUGAUAACAAAAAUCCACCUGGAACUAAUAAUGAGAGGAAUUUAUUCCAUGGAACUGCACCAGAUACACUCAGUUUAAUCAGUCGUCAUGGAUUCAACCGGAGCUAUGCUGGAAGGAAUGCCACAGUGUAUGGGAAUGGCACCUAUUUUGCCGUAGAUGCAAACUAUUCUGCUCAACCCACUUACUCAAAACCUGACACGAAUGGAAUGAAGUACAUGUAUCGUGCCCGAGUACUAAUUGGAAUCUACUGUCGAGGACAGGGUGGAAUGGUCGCACCCCCUUCAAAAAAUUCAAGUGAUCCGACAGACUUGUUUGACAGCGUUGUGGAUAACACAGCAACUCCUUCCAUGUUCAUUAUUUUCAAUGAUGUUCAAGCUUACCCAGAAUAUUUAAUUACUUUCAAAUAACUAAAUUAUUUCAGAUAUGAAAACAUCAUAUUGGAAUUUAAUUUUUCUGUAAUUCUUUCAUUGAAUUCCACUGUUGAAAUCAUAACUUUUCAUUUUGGGGUCAUAAUGUUGAACAGCUACUGAAAAGGUUGAGUGUUUCUUGUCUAAGAUAAACUUUCAAUUCCAGGUACAGUGGGUGGUUGACUACAUUGCUUGGUAUGAAUACAAUAUCCCUAAUGCUAAUUUCUCUGCAUAGAUAGAAAGUGCAUAUCUGUUAGAAAUGAAUGUUGUAAAUGAUAAGCACACAUUAAAUCAGACAAAUAUGUAUAUUACUCAGAGCACAUAUGCUUAUCUGUCAACCAGGCCUGUGACCUAGUUGCUGCAGAACUGAGAAGAAAAUAACAAGCCAACCACUUGGAUGGACUUGGAGUCAUGUACGUACAUAUUAAACCGAUACACUUUCACAUGCAAUCUGUCAGUUUCAUAGCUACUGUUUCUGAUUGAAGCUUUUUAUUAAAGACAUAUCAACUGUCAUGCUAUGAUUCGUUUAAAGUAAAAAGCACAUGGAGAGGUGUCUUACUGAGUAUAGAGGAAGCAGAGGCAGAUCUGGACUUUCCACUAAACAACAAGGGAGUACUUCAGGGAAUCAAUCCCACAACAUCUCACACCAGCCUGUCUGGCCUCUUGUACUGCCAAAUUGAGGCCAGAUGUCAAUUAGAGGAAUAGCACCUCAUAUUCCAUCUUGGUAAUCUCCAAAUGAUGGCAUGAACAUAAUUUCUCCAGCUUCUGGUAACCACUCCUAUCUGCCUCGGCCUUUUGUUUUCCCAUUCCUACUGGCCACGUUACAUCUUCUCUUUCUCCUGCCUUUUCAAUCUGCCAUUAUAUACACAUUCCUCCCUUCAGUUCUUCGCUCACUUCCUUCCCUUUAUUCCACAGUCCACCACCCUUUCCAUCUUCAGCCCUUUGUCACUUCCAAGCUUAUUACAUUGUUCCUAGUCCCUUCACCACCUGCCUAUCUUCUGCCUCUCUACUGGAUUUACCUAUUACAUGCCAGCUCUUCAGUCCACCCCCUCCCUCCACCCUUCUGUUCUGGCUUCUCCCCUGUUUCUUUCCAGUCAUGAAUCUGUAGAUGCUGUCUGACCUGCAGUGCCUACUGCAUUUUCUGAGUUGCUCCAGAUUUCCAGCAGCUAUACAGUAUUCUUACAUCACCACAUUAGACUUGUUGAUUCAGCCGCUGCUGUCUUGAGACUUCAAAAAACAACCUUGUAUCUUUAACAGGAGGGUGUUGAACCUCAAUCUGUGCCCCUUUUCUGUUCUCUUCCUUGAUAAAAAUUCACUCUUGGAAAUUGCCAAGCCUAUUGUGACCAUUGCUUCAAUCUGCCCAUUUUCAAUGUUUUUUUAGAUUUAUCCAUUAACCAGUUGAUUUUCCAUAGCAUUCUAAAAAUGAAAAGGGGAAUUUUUUAUCAUACUAAAUUCUUUAAAUGAUUCAUUAAUAGGUAAUUUUUUUGAUUUAUUAUCUUAACCCAGAAAAUAAAGAAUUGUGUACUUUCUUAUAACUACGUGCACUGUGUUUAAACAACAAUUAUUAAUCCUUGAUGGAUGCUUGAAUCAAUUUAUUUGAGUGCAUGCCUUACUGUGUAUAAUUUUCAAGAAACUUGGUAAAACAGUGCAAAUAUAAUAAGUUGUCAAUUCAAACAUCUCUAUUAAACAUUACAAUUAGGCCGCUUGUGCUUCCCAGUUAAGCUUCAGAUUCAUCUUGGGCAAAAAAAAGGUCCACUUGCUUCUAACUUUUUUUGGUCUUAAUUAUUCAAAAUAGUGCUCAAGACUUCAUGUUUCUUGGCUGGAAGGAUUGAAUUGGGCACAACUUUUUUUUUCCUCAGCCAUCUAUAGUAAAUUUUCUGGCUGAGUUGUGGAAAUGUUUUGAAUUGCAUUAGUGAUAAUUUAUUAUUCGGGUAAGUUUAUUGAUAUUUAACCAUAUACAUGUAUAUAACAUAUAUAACCAUAUAAUGUAUGUAGAAACAAGACAAUGUUUCUCCGAACCAGGGUGUAAUGCACACUAGAACACAUAACACACAAUAAAUUAUGGAAGUUUCAAAGUACUUUUAUUAUCAAAGAAUUUAUAAAUUAUGAAGAUAAUGAUGUUUAAAGAGGUGGCAUUAUCUCUACCAAAGUAUGAGCUUAAACUGCCAGAUCAAAGAAAUUGUAAAGAUUUUGGUCAUUUGUUUCCACAGCUAAGUGUUUCCUGGUUUCCCUGGACCAUCAGUUGCUGCUUCAUCACUCUCUCUCUCUCCCAGAUAAUCUUUCUUACUGGUGCUCUCUAAAUUACCUUGUGAUAUACCUUGCAGUCGAAUGCAUACAUCCUCCUGAUCAUUAAUCUGAGUAGGUGUGAAUAAGUUAGGUACCAUUAUGAAGCAAUGAAAUUCAUCCCACAAAUCAGAAUAUACAAUUGGGAAAUAAUACAAGGCAAUAAAAUUAAUUGGAAUGUGUGAUUAUGACAAACAGUUUGUACUGUCUGCAGUUUUGUCCAAUGCUCCCAGUGCAGCCUGCUCUACAUUAGUGAGACCUGUUAUAAAGUGGGGAAAUGCCCCAUCGAGCACCUCCAUUCCAUCCACCAAAAGAGGAAUUCCUGGUAGCUAAACAUUUUAAUUUCCAUUUCCAUUCCCAUUCCAACAUGUCAGUUGAUGGCCCAGCACAUCAGUAGUUGUGAACUUCACGAUUCAGGACAUUUACAAAGACAGAUGUGAAAAAGGGGCCCGAAGGAUUAUUGAGGUCCCGAGUCACCCCAACCACAAUCUAUUCCAGUUGCUACCAUCCGGGAAAUGGUACCACAGCAAAAAAACCAGCAUCAACAGGCUCUGGGACAGCUCCUUCCACCAGGCCAUCAGACUGAUUAACUCAUGCUGAUUUGAGUGUAUUUGUAUGUUACAUUUACUAUUCUACUUAUUAUAAAUCACUAUGAUUGCAAAUUGCAGAUUUAGACAGAGACGUAAAGAUUUUUACUCAUGUAUGUGAAGGAUGUAAGAAAUAAAGUCAAUUCAAUUUUGUG